CGGAGGGGGAAGAUGGCGGCGCAGGAGCCGGGCCGGGAGGCGGCGUUCGCUCGGCGCAUCGACCCUCGGCGGGAGCCGGGGCUGAGCCCCCAGCAGCGGCUGCACAUGGAGUGGGUGGAGCGCGCCCUGCGGAGCCGCCCCCGCCGCCGCAACGCGCUGCUGGCGCUCGGCAUCGGCGCCGUCACGGUCGGGAUCUACGCGUACACCUUCUACUCGGUGUCGCAGGAGCGGUUCCUGGACGAUCUGGAGCAGGAGGCGGAGGCGGCGCGGGCGCGGGCCCGGGCGCGGGCUGAGAGCGCAGGGAGCUGAGCGCGGAGCGCCCGGCCCGGCCCCGCUGAACGGCGUGAGCUGCAGCCCCCGCGGAGCGGGAGGGGGAAGCGCCCGGCCCCGGGUGCGGGCUCUGGGCCUGCCCGGUGCGGUGCAGGGAGACGCGCCGGGGGCUCCCGCGCAGGCGGCUGCCUUUGCCAGGGCCCUGC